AUGGUCUCUUCGCCUUCUUCGUGGGAGGAUGAGGAUCUGAGAUUCCCGACACCGUUUGCGAUGAGGGUUUGCACGGCAGAUUCGAGCAAUUGUCAUUUCAAGAUGCUGGAGAAGAUUGGCUCCUACAAGGUGUUUGUGGCAUUGUGCGCCUCAAACGAGCAUGCUUUGCACCUUCGGUUUGCGGAGCAGGCUGGUGGCUGGACGGCUCUUCUGAGCCAAUGCAGGUCGAUUCAUGCAUCGAGAAGGAUUCGAAGAGAUCGAUGCCAAAGUUCAAGUUGUUCUCCUCCACAUGAGCCCAGAAGCGAGGAUGAUGCACGCCAUCAAAACCUUCCAGCGAGGAACCACUCCGACGCACAAAGAUUGGCUGAUGAGAAGACCAGGUUGGAUGGAGCCUACGAGGUCUUUGAGCUCUUCUCGCUCAAGCCCGUCUGCAUCGUUGUCACCAAAGACCUGGCUGUCCCAGACCCUUCAACCAGACACGCGGCCCAGCGCGGGCCGGAAAAAGAUGCUGCACGCUGCAGCUGUGGCCGGCAGGGUGAUGGGACACGAUGCUGGGCAAGGAUCCCGCCCAAGACCGAUCGAUGA